AUUUAAAGGUGAAAAUAUUUAAAUAUAUAAGCAGUAGUAAUUUUAAAAAAACUAUGAUGUAUAUUUGUGUAAAUAACUGUCGUUUUUGUGACGAAAAUAAGUGAAUAUAUUUCCACUUCAUAUGAACAUGAAGUCAAAACUAAAAAAGUGAGUUGCGAAAAUGGAAAAUGUGCUCUAAGCAAGUACAAAAAGUGCAGCACAAUAAUAAAUAUUGAUGUAUAAAAAUAUGUUCAGAUGUGUAAAAAUUUUACAAAAGUUUUAUAAUAAGCACAUAACUAUAUAAAAAUUGAGAUUGCUUUAUAGUAGUAAACUACGAAAAUGGCAGUAAAAGUGCAGUUCGAAAUCGGGCAUACAGCGAAGUUGCGUAGCAAAAAGACUCCGGAAGGAUUUACACACGACUGGGAGCUGUACGUACAGGGCGUAAACAAAGUCGACAUUAGCACGUUCGUUGACAAGGUCGUUUUUAAUUUGCACGAUUCAUUUCCUAAACCAAAGAGGGUUUGCAAAGAGACACCAUAUGUUAUACAAGAAUCUGGAUAUGCUGGAUUUUUACUCCCGAUUGAAAUAUAUUUUCGUAAUAGAGAUGAACCAAAACGAGUGCAAUUUACAUAUGACUUAGAUCUUCAACAAACUGGGCCACCUCAUCAUCGUUCUGAAAUAAAAAAAUUUAUAUUUGAAUCUCCUUCAGAAGAAUUCCGACCAAAAUUACUAAAAGGUGGUGGAGUCCCUGUGUCUGGUGUGAUAGGUAGUGGAAUUAAUCUUGCACAAAGUAAUACCUCAAUUAGUGAUGAAGGCAUGGUGAGCAAACCAAAAUUAAGCUGUGGCGAGUCAAGUAGCAAAAAACAUAGAUCCCGCACAGAUGAUGGAAAACCUGGUACUUUUGCCAAUCUUUUUGGUACUCCAAUUACGAAAAAUGCAACAAAAUUAUCUCCAGAAAGCAAAAGUAAUCUAAAUGCUAAAACGUUCGGUGCUGGUUCACAAUCAUCUACAUUAAAUCCAAAUAAUAGUAGUGGAAGUAGUACUUUCUCAAAGGAGAAAUUUAUAAAAGAUAAGUCGAAUGGUGCAGGUAAUACGGGUGGUAGUAAUUUUGAAAAACACAGGGAUAAAACAGAUAAAAAAGAAAAAUAUAAAUUGCUUAGUCCACAUAAAGAUGGAAGAGGUGGAGUCGAACGAAAAUCAACUUCUAAUGAUAGUAGCAAGCAUGAGAAACGAAUUGAAGAAAAAUUGAGGAAGGAUAAAUUACGUGAAAAAGAUCGCGAACGCAGUAGAGAGAAGGGUAAUAGCAAUUUAAUUAUGAAACGCGGACUUAGUCCGAGAUCUAGUUUACGCGAUGGUGGAUCUAGUCCAAAGAGAGCAACAACACCUGUAAGCGGCACUACAAAUUCACGUUUCACAGAAUCUAGAACAAUGAUAUCUACAGCAAAUAAAUUUGAUUCCAAAGAUAUAAAAGCUAAAGAACAAAUCUCAAGUUCAAGCGGAAAAAAAUUCAAAAAAGAUAGAAAAGAUAGGGAUAAAGAUCGUGAGAAAGACAAAGAAAAACGUGAAGAGCAUCGAGAGAAACAUCGAAGUUUAGAUUCUAAAACUAAAGAUGAGAGGACUACUGUAAUAGGAGGAAAUAUGCCCAUUAGUUCUACAAUUAGAGAUGAAAAAGAAGCAAAAGCUACUUCAGCAUCUAAUACUGAUAAUAAAAAGUAUGAGAAAGAAGUAAAUAUAGAUGCUUUAAAACAAAAGGGGAACAUCAAGCAAAUAGAAAAAGAUACAAUUGUGACAUCAAAUGUCACACCGACAAGUAUAUCAAGUACGAUCAGUACAUCUAGCGCCAGCAAUGAUAAGAAAAUAAUUACAAAUAAUAGCAAUGGCGAAAAGGAUAAAAAAUCACAUAAACAUAAGAAAAAAGAUAAAAACAAAGAUAAAGAAAAAGAGCGCGAUAAGGAUAAGGAUAAAGAAAAAGAAAAAGAAAAGGGGAAAGAAAAGGAAAAGUUUGAAAGUAAGUUACAUGAAAAACUUGCAGAACCGACUGCUCUUUUGGUUACAAACGAUGUUCUAAAAUUGAAUACUAACAGCAAUCAAUCAAAUUCACCAGUAGAUAUUUCCAUCUUGGAUAAUACUACUAACACAAAAAAGAGUCAAGGGAAGGAAAAGAAACCCAAAGAUAAGUCAAAUAGAGAUGAAAAGCGACAAAAAGAAAUUGAUAUUGACAUCAAAGGCAAAAUAUCUAAAAAUUCCAAACAGGUUAGCACACCAACAAGUGCAACAAAUAGUGCUAGCCCCUUAAGUUGCAAAACUAACAUUAAUUUAAGUGAUGAUAAUAGCGCAAAUUCUCCAGCAAAUUUACUACCAUCAAAAAUGCAAAUUGAUUCUCCAACUGCAAUAGGAAUAGAGCCAAACUCCGGCCACGUUUCUGAUAGUUCAAAUAGUAGUUUUCCUGAUUUGACACAGAAAUCAAGUAGCAAUAUGGUAACACAGGCCUCGAUAGUGAAAAAUGCAAAGUCUCCUUUAAAUAAGGAGUUUAAACAGUCUUCAGCCGGUCCGAAAGAAACCAAACAAAUUAAUAAUUUUGUGGAACAAGCACAAAAACCAGCGGAGUCCUCUGAAUUAGAAAAAAUUGAAGAAAUUGGAAAAGAUGAUAAGAAAAGAAGACGCAAUUCAAUAGCUGUGAAUACAUUUGUCGAGCCGACAGUUAAACGUAUAAAAAAGGAAACAAACAAAGCUACAACUCGAGAUAAGUCACGUUCACCAUCACUUCGUGGCACACGGUGUAACAGUGUAGAUGUGAAUAAUGGUCCAUUUUUAGCACCACCCUCUAAUUCAGUUGCUAACAGUAUUGCUUCUUCUCCUGCUACAUCUACUACAACAACUACAUCUUCAAAUAAUGUUCCAUUAGCACCACCAGUGCAUCCAGCUUCACCAGCGUUAGCAAAUGAUGCAGUAUCCAAUGCACCUUCCAACGUAACUGGCGGUACCACUACUGUACCUACAGCCACACUACCCACUGAAUAUUUAAAUGAAUUACAGGAACUGCAUCAAAAAAUCAUGACGUUACAGGAUAACGAAGAACUACAACAAGUUGUAGAAAUGAUUGCUGCGACCGGUUGCUAUGAAAUAACAGCAAAAACAUUCGAUUUUGAUUUAUGUAAGUUGGAUCGCAAUACCGUGCAACGUUUGCAGGAUUUCUUCGCAACUUCAGUAUCGUGACAAAAAAUACAGUUUUAAGGCAGGUUUGGACAGAGGCAUUAUAGCAUUGGGUAAGGGAAAAAUUUACCAAAUUAAGCUUCAAUAUGUACUCAAUAAGAUUAAUAUAAAAAGAACUGUGUAUACAUACAUAUAUGUACAAAUUAUAUACACAAUACGAAUACACAUUCAUUUACACGCUCAACAUAAGAUGUAAAGGUAGUUUAGUUUGCAGUCACUUCCACUUGAAGCUAUUAUUCGACAUUUAUUUCAGUUUAUUGCGAUAAUUGCUACUAUAGCAAAAUGUCCCAAUUUCAUUUCAACUUUUUUAUGCUUAGACUAUCGCCAAUUGACUCAUUUAAUCACAUUUGCCAUACCAAAUCCAAAUAGAAAAUAAAGAUGUGAAUAAAAAUAACUGAGAUAAAAACAAAAAAAUAUUUUGUGAACAAAAUUGUA